GCAAGCGCGAGCCACCUCUCGGUCUCUCCGCUCAGACCUGCAUAACAGCGCGAGGCGAGCGAGCUGGUGUGCGCGAGCGCGAAAAACAAAAACAACGCAAAUAUCAAUUAUUAUUUUUAUUUUUGCGUAUUAGUACAGUUGUUUUUUUUGUUUUUUUUUACUAUUUUAAUGCAUCGUGACCCAGACUCGCUUUUUAUGACGGAUGUUUCUUUCGCGCUGCCAACAUGGCCGUGGUUGACCAAAAUAACAUCAUUCACGACGCUACCGAAAGGGAUCGAUUACUGUCUCCAGUGACUCGCUAUGGUUCCCAUGGUGGCAGCAUCGACCACGGCAACUCCAAGAUGUACCCGACGACAGGCACCUGGGUUGCCACGGACGAGGAAGAGGAAGAGCUGAGGAGGAAGUUGAAAUAUUUCUUCAUGAGCCCUUGUGAUAAGUACUAUGCCAAGGGAAGAAAGCCGUUUAAACUGGUCUUGCAGCUCGUAAAGAUCAUCAUAGUGACCGCACAGCUUGUACUGUUUGGUUUGAGUAACCAGAUGGUGGUGACAUUUAAAGAAGAAAACACAGCUACCUUCAAACAUCUUUUCCUUAAAGACUACAGCGACGGUGCUGAUGACACGCUGGCAGUGUACACGCAGAGUGAUGUCUAUGACCACAUCUAUUAUGCAAUAGAACAGUACCUGCACAUGCCGGAGACGACUGUGGGACGUUACGCGUACGUGUACGGAGUGGGCUACAACGGCAGCGCUCUGUCUCUCUGCCAGCAAUAUUAUAAAAAAGGGCGCAUCGACCCAGCCAAUGAUACCUUCAGCAUCGACCCACAUAUUAAAACAGCUUGUGUAGGAGUCACGCCGCUCGACGUACCUGAUGGCUUCUUGAGAAACAACUACAAAAACUUUACUCUCAAAUUUCACAAACUCAUCAAUGUUACUAUACAGUUUCAGCUAAAGGCUAUAAAUCUUCAGUCCAUCAUAAACAAUGAGAUUCCAGACUGUUACACGUUUGUAAUCACGAUCGUCCUGGACAAUAAGGCUCACAGCGGCAAGGUGAAGAUCAGUCUGGAAAACGAGGUCUCUAUCAAGGAGUGCAGAGACCCCAGUGUAUCCGGCCAUGCGGAGAGCAACUACCGUCUGGCCUUCGACGUGACCGUAUUGCUGAUUUGCGCCAUCUCGCUGAUUCUCUGCGGGCGCUCCAUACUCCGAGGAAUCCUCCUUCAGCGUGAGUUUGUACAGUACUUUAACAACAAACUGAAUCACACGGUGUGCUGGGGGGACAGGAUGGAGUUCAUCAAUGGCUGGUACAUCCUGCUCAUCAUCAGUGACGUGCUCACAAUCACAGGCUCUUUAAUAAAAAUCGCCAUCGAGUCCAAGGAAAUCUCAUCCUAUGACGUUUGUGGCAUUUUGUUGGGAACGUCGACACUGUUGGUGUGGGUGGGGGUGAUUCGCUAUCUCAGCUUCUUCCAGAAGUACAAUAUUCUGAUCGUGACGUUGCGAGCAGCGUUCCCUAACGUCAUCCGUUUCUCCUGCUGCGUAGCAGUGAUCUAUCUGGGCUACUGCUUCUGCGGCUGGAUCGUUUUAGGACCAUACCACGUCAAGUUCCGCUCUAUGGCCAUGGUGUCAGAGUGCCUGUUCUCUCUGAUAAACGGAGACGACAUGUUCGUCACUUUCAGUGGCAUGCAGGAGAGCAGCACUCUGGUGUGGAUCUUCAGCCAGCUGUACCUCUACACCUUUAUCUCCCUGUUCAUAUACAUGGUGCUGUCGCUCUUCAUCGCCCUCAUCACUGGGGCGUACGAGACCAUCAAGCACCAAACUCAGGAGCCUAUUCACAUCACCGAUUUGCACGCAUUCAUCGCCGAGUGCAAAGACACACCCAGCUCCGGGAAGUUCCGGGGACUGGAGACGUCGGCAUGCUCCUUCUUCUGCUGCUGUGACAGGACCACCACUUAUGAAGACGUUCUACUAGUGAAUUAGUCGUUCAACUACAGCGCUUAUGCUCCCUGCUGGUGACGGUGUGAUGCUGCAUGGACUCCAUGGUUCGAAACAACAUAAAUACAGAUAUAAAUACACAUUUAACCUCCACACACUGCAGGAGAGAGAGGAUUUUCCUCCCGGAUGUGAUGGUGAAAAGGAAAUAAGAAAAGCACAGCAGGAACAAAAGCGAGUGAUGGAAAGGACCAGAAAGCUAUUUCUGUCCAUCACCUGCUCCGCAGAGAGCAGCACUAUGUUGGUGCAGUGCACAAGCUUUAUUCGAGCGUAUAGGUCCGGAGGUCUGUGUUUUAUGUGUCGUAUUGAACAUGAUUUUAUCGAGCUGUUAACUUAGCAGGAGCGUCUAGAAUUUAGCGCUACCGUUAAAUUUUUUGCAUUUGUUUUAAACUGGUAAGGCAUGUCUAACUUAUCAUUUUGAAGAAGAAGAAGAAGGAACUGCCUUUGCACCAUACCUCACUUUCACUACCCCAAACAUCACAUCUCUCAGCACUAAUCACUUCCUCGUUGUUCCUUUCAUGUUUAUAGGAUGCAAGAAUAAGCUGCUCUUAAGCUGUUUUAUGUUCUCCACACAUUCCAGCAACGGUCAGUAAAAAUAUCUGCUCAGACUAGUGAUUUGGAUCUGGACCACCAAAUCAUCCAAUCAGGACACGAAGGCAUCUCUAUUGACCUAGUCAUGUCUUCUGUCCAUUCAGAAAGGUCCCUCUGUCCCUCAGGCAUUCUGACCUAGUCGUGUGUUUUGGACUUAACAAUGAAGCAAGGAGCCAUAAUUGCGCUUCUAAUAUCUUCUGCCAAAUUUGUGGGUGUCCUGAAUAAGUUCUUCUUUUGCCGCGUUCGAAGAAAUCCAUCUUGGGACGAGGAUGUAAAGAUCGAGGAAACGCUUUAGAGCUUUUCCACUUUGCAAACUCGGCGAAAUUAAGAAAAUUUAGAGAACUUGGAGAAAGGGUUUUGUCUGUUCUUCUGUGCCUGAGUGUAAACAAGCUCAGCAGGGUGUAGCGUCAUUUCUUUAAGAUCCAAUAGAACAAUAGGAUUCUCUAAAUGCAUGUGACCUAGAUCAGGAACAGUAAACGCGUACGCUCUGGAUUUUGGUGCACAGCCACUGCAACUAUGGGUCAAUCUGGGGGCCAAGCAACAUAUUACUGCCUUUAAUAUGCAUUCAGUAACUUAUCUCGAGUAAGAACUGGAGUGAAGUGUGAUAGAGCUGCAACACUUGUUUAUUUUUCAUGUUUUCUGAAUCAAUCAGGAUGUACAGAAUUUUAAUUUAUUCAUGUAUAUGUGUACAGUAAUUAGUUUCUAUGUGUAUAAUGAAUUUUAAAUGCACCAGCAGUAAAGAGGAUGCAUUUAACGUUACAGUAACGCACAAUUUUUUCUUUUUUUUUUGGUUGAACAAGCUCAAUUUCCCAUUUGAGGUUGAUCUAGUCUCCAUUGUUGUAAUUUAUAUGACGAAUCAUUACAGUAGAAAGUGGGAAACUGCGCUGAGAUCAGUGUACUAAAAGCGUUUGUAUUAACACACACAGGCUCUGUUGAAAUCAUGUGUUUACUUGAAUGAAGUUUCCUGACAAAAUUUAUUCCUCGUGUAAUGAUUUGCCAUUGAAUUAUGAGUUAUAUAAUAUAUAAAAAAUUCCAUUUUCCA